AGCUCUCGCCGGCGACGGUUGUCCCCAUCAGUCGUGGUUUGGUCUGAUGGUACAAAGAUAGUGGAUUUGGAGGUGGCCUGAGUUGCCUGUUGCAUACAUUAGGGCGCCCCUUGAGGUCACCCCACCUCCCGGAAGUGAAUCCAAACGGGUGCUUUGUAAUUGAAAGCAUAAAUCUGGGCGCGAGGAACAGUCUAGUGAAGCAAGCCGCACCGCCGUGUCUAACGGUAGGCGCCAUGUGGUUAAGCAGUGCCACCUAUCGGCAGGAGAGAAAAAAAAAAAUCCUGAAAGAAGCGCAAGUGCUAAGUAUUCCACAAUAUUAGCCCGCUUUGUCGAGUGGAAGUGAUGCGUCUGGGAAAUUGCUACGCCUUGGCACAUUCCGGUUGCCCCCGGAGUUAGGCAAAGGAAUUUUUGCAUGCGUUAUUGGGAGGCGCGCGCUGGAACUGAGCUGGGCUGGUGGAAUAAAUGAGCAGGGCUGGAAUUGUGAGGGAGGUUGAGGGGACUCUCAUCCGGAGCACCUCAUAAAGAUAAAUCAUUCCGACGCAAAUAAAUCACACCGAGGAAUGCGCGCUGUAUUGUGUGUUUGUGUGUAGCAAUCUUACGGUUGCCUAACGUCGGGAGAUAUUUUUGCCCAUUCGAGCGACGGCAAUGGGACAUAUCGAGCAGAUUGUGCUGUGGCUCAUAAAUAUAUAAAAGAAAAUUUAGAAAAAAAUGGGCUAAUAAAAUCGUUUUGCUUCUCUUCGUGAAAAAUACGAAAAAAAAUAUCAAAUCACGUGUUGCUAGCAUAAAAUAAAAAAAAUUAGUGACGUAACUUCAACCUCGAUUACAAAAUAUAUAUAUAUAUAUAUCUAGCAGUGCUUAGUGAAAAGAUUUUUUUUUUACUAAAGUGACGGUUCUCUCACUCUGGGAAUAACAUGAGUGCUGUUGGUGGCGGCACCCAUUUCAUUGUGGAUGCAAAUUGGCUGGAUGGUUAUGCGCGUUGUACUGGAAAACACAAGUGCCAGAGAGUGCAAAUGAAGAAUAAUGGUGCCGCAAUAUUGAAGCUGUAAAUGGCGAUGUGGUUGAGAUGUUUGGAAUAGUUUUCUGAACUGCACAGGGCUUAUCGGAAUCGCUCCAAGUGCAAGGCCAUGGAUCGUCCUGGUUCACCAACAGUCAUUUAGCUGUGUGUAUGUGUGUGUAAGCGUGGGCAUUUGUGUGUUGUUCCUGAAUACAACACUCUCUAGCUGUGGGUUUGUCGCUGUAAGUAGAUCUACACACGAGGAAAAAAAAAAUCUGCUACCAUUUCCUGUCCUCGCAGUCGAGAUACCCUGAGGGACUGUGCGAGGAGGAAAAAUCAACCGGCUUGAAUCAAUCAUACUUCAGCGUCGCUGGUUCCACCGGAAAUCAGCAGCCAGGACCUCCGUUCGUCUCUGGUGGAAAUAUAUUGUUGUGUAUGUGGGAGUGUUUGUGUAUUUAUAGCUGCCAAUCCGGUUGUCAUCCAUCCAUUCUAUUGUUGGCACUCCUGGGAGAAUCACCGACGACCGAUUGUCAACAAGUGGCCGGAAAAAUAAACAGAAGAAACAAGAUUUGCCACGUGAUUUCUACAUGUGUAACAGUGUGACCGGUGAAAGCCGGAAGUGAUUAGUUUGAGGAGAGAGAAAAAAAAGAGUGUAAUUCAGUCAAGCACGAUGAGUGAUACAGUUGAGCUGGAACGGUUGGUCAACUGUACCCAGGCCACGAUCCUACGAUAUCCGUGGUCCACGGAGUACAAUUCGUCCGUGAUUGGCGAGUUCAACCGGACGGAGAUAUUGGACGUGCUGGGCGAAAUGAUCACGCUUGGCCGGAGUCAUGUUCCACGUGAGGACGAGCCGGUAACGUUGAGGGAAUUCAUCACCGAGUGUUUGUUCCCGACGACCAAGAGCCCGUACGAACUUCCCUGGCAGCAAAAGAUGGCCUGGGGCGUGGUGUUCGGAGCGAUGCUGCUCGUUGCUAUCACCGGCAACUGCAUCGUCCUGUGGAUUGUACUCGCUCACCGCCGGAUGCGCACCGUCACGAACUACUUCCUGCUGAAUCUGAGCGUGGCCGACCUGCUGAUGUCGUCGCUCAACUGUUCGUUCAACUUUAUCUUCAUGCUCAACUCGGACUGGCCGUUCGGGGCCGUCUACUGCACCAUCAACAACUUUAUGGCCAACAUGUCGGUGGCGUCGUCCGUCUUCACGCUGGUCGCCAUCUCACUCGAUCGUUAUAUUGCCAUCGUGCACCCACUGCGGCAUCGGACGUCCCGGAAGAAGGCGCGCCUCUUCCUGCUCAUCAUCUGGGCCCUCAGCUGCGUCCUGGCCGCGCCCUGCCUCAUGUACUCGACUGUGAUGACGAAACGGUACCACAACGGAAGAACGAGAACCGUUUGUUACAUGCUGUGGCCGGACGGACGCUACCCCACCUCGAUGGCCGAUUACAUCUACAACCUGGUAUUCUUGAUCCUUACCUACGGCAUCCCGAUGCUGAUCAUGAUCGUGUGCUACUCACUAAUGGGUCGUGAGCUGUGGGGAAGCCGCUCAAUUGGUGAGCACACUGAACGUCAACUCGAAUCGAUGAAGUCUAAAAAGAAGGUUGUGCGCAUGUUCAUCAUCGUGGUGACCAUCUUCGCCAUCUGCUGGCUGCCCUAUCACCUGUUCUUCGUGUACGCGUACCACAACAACCAGAUGACGUCGUCCAGCUACGUGCAGCAGCUAUACCUGGGCUUCUACUGGCUGGCCAUGUCAAACGCGAUGGUCAACCCAAUCAUCUACUACUGGAUGAACAGCAGGUUCCGGGUGUACUUCCAGGAAAUUAUCUGCUUCUGCUGUCUGCAGUUCCUCAACUCCCGCAUGAAGGACGGAAUGCCCCCAGGAGUGCUGCUCAACAAAAACUCCAACUCCGAGCUUGGCCGGUAUCGGUCCUACCGUCAACGUUCGCUGUCGGUCCGGUGGCGGCCACAGUUCCACAGCACUGAGGAGUACCGGAUGCGGUUGGCCGCACCCCAGCGGAACCACCACCUGUCCAACAGCCACGGGCCGUGCCACCGCACUGUCAGCGUGGUCAACGUGCUGGAAAACAACGGCAAAGCGGCCGGGCUGGACCACUUGAGUGCGGUGGCCGGUGCAGGUGGUGGCGGUGGAAUCGAUCCCAAAUCGACGGCGGCCACCGAUAUUGGCAGCGAACUGCAGGCGCUGAACUUCCUGCCGAGGAGUCACAAUCACAGCAAUCAGUUCUACCACUCGCACGCCACGUCACAUCACUCGUCACACUCGCAGGACUCGCACGUGAGCAGUGGCGGGGGUGGAGGGGGGGUUGGAGGGAAAUUUGGCAGCAGUGGCCAGGUGGCCAAGGACGGCUCGUCUAGCAGCCACAGCCAGGAGUACUCUUGACACCCGCAGUACGACUAAGCAAAGCUUGAGUCCUCGGCGGUUUGAGGGUGCUUGCAGGAGGAAAGCUCGAGAAAGAGCUUGACAAAGAGGGUGCUUUUAGUCCGUAAGUUGUAGGAAGGUAGAGAUUUAGGAUUAACUAGAAAGUAUUUGGUGCAGGAUAAGGUUGUACAAACGCAAACUGUGAAUAUUUAUCCAUCCUUAGUUAAUGGUAAAGUUAGUUUCUGAUGCUGUCUUUAAGGUUUGUGAAAUGAAAGCUGUAAUGAAAAGACACCGUGAUAUAAUGUUUUUAUUUUGUUUUAGCAAAAUUACAAUUAACAACAAAUAUAUAUAGUUAUUCUCUACCAUCAUCUCACACAAAAUCGGAAAAAAAAUUGCCCCGACCCUCUUCGAUUUGCCUGAAACUUUGUCUAAAGGGGUAACUUUUGUCCCUGAUCACAAAUCCGAGAUACGUUUUUUGACAUCUCGUGAUGGAGGGCGGAACGACCCCUUUAAUUUUUGAACAUUCAAAAAAAGACAUGUUUUCCAAUAAUUUGCAGCCAAAAAAGGUCAAAGGGACUUUUAUGUUAGAUUGGACCCCGACUUUAUGGCGUCUGUAACAAUUUUUGGAAUCUGUCAUUUUUAAUGGGAAUUAUACGUUUAGAUCACUUUUUUAUUUAGAACAUUUUUUUAAUUUUCAAAUUUUGUGUUUUUAGAGUGUAACAAUGUUCUACGAAGUUGUAGAGCAUACAAUUACAAAAAAUGUUGAAUAAAGAUAAGAGGUUUGGUUGUAAUCAUCACGAGUUAUCGCGAUUUUACGGAAAAAAGUUGGUUGUGUCGAUCAUGGUCGUUCAUCAUCACCCGCGACAAACGGGAACGACGAA